CUCAGCCUCAUUGUUGUCACUACUAUAAAGUUCCUCCUGUAACUUUUAUUGUUUCUGAUAAGAUCAUAUGGACUUACUAUCUCAUACGAUCUGUAAGUGUAAAAUAACGUUCUUUCAGGAUGAUGGAGAACUACACCUACAACAGCUACAUCCUCCAGUUAGAGGGCUUAAACACUUCAAAGGAUUCUCUCUACCCCGCCUUUCUUUUCUUGUUUUUCUCCUACCUGUUUAUAAUGAUUAUAAAUGUGGGCAUUACUAUUUUGAUUUUCAUGAACAAGAAUCUUCACCAGCCCAUGUAUCUCCUUUAUUGCAACUUGCCAUUGAAUGAUAUUCUUGUAACCUCUAUCGUGGUGCCCCGUUUGCUUAUAGACCUUAUGAGACCUCCAUCUGAGCGCCUCAUUAGUUAUUAUCAAUGUGUUGUUCAGGCCUACAUUGCGCACUUGGUUGGAACCACAAGUCACACUAUUCUCAUGAUUAUGGCCUAUGACAGAUAUGUGGCCAUUUGUAAUCCUUUUCACUAUGUUUCCAUAAUGACCAACAAAAUGAUGAUCAAGCUGACAGUUUGUGCCUGGGGAGUGGCCUUUGUUUUGGUCGGGAUUCUUCUAGGUCUGACCAUACGACUGAGUCGAUGCAGGACUUUGAUCACAAACCCCUACUGUGACAAUGCCUCAUUGUUUAAACUUUCCUGUGAAAGUGUGGUCAUUAACAACAUCUAUGGUAUCACUUUCACU